UCAUUCAAUCCGAGUGUUUGUGUUUAUAUUUCUUUGUACACUGUUCCAGCGGACCGGUCGGCCCGCUACUAAAAGUGUGGCGGUGCUCGUUGCUACGAAGACCGCCACAAAAACUGGCGACGAGGAGUUUCGAACUCGUGUGCAGGGCUGGUUCAACUUGUUUCUAGAGCUAGAAUUUUGGGUGCUGGUUUAAUUUGUGUUCACUAUGUCUGCCGAAUUACAACAGUUGAUCUUGUUACAGAGUCAGCAAAUACAAAGUCUGGUGGAAGCAAUUGCCAAACAAGCGGCUAAUCCACCAUCACAAAAGGAACAAGCACAGGCAGCACCACAGUUCCGUGCUUUUGACGCAGCGCGAGAAGAAUGGCAAGAAUAUUUCGCGCAGUUGCAGGCGCACAUGACAGUCUACAAAAUCACAGAUUUGGACCGUGGCGGGUUCCAGCCGCGCCUUCCGACUUCGCUGCCGCCCCCAGGGCAGCAGCAGCAGCAGCCGUCGCCGCUACUACGCCGACAGCCCGUCCCGUUGAUGCCUCCCGCGCAGCUUCAUCCGGGAGCGCCCCAGGUGGUCGCUCCGGCGCCUGCGGUCCCUCUUCAGUCGCCACCGCCUUCGGAGCAGAUGGACGUCGACCCCUCAGCCGGGCCGCCAUCCCAAGGGGUGGCUGUGCCGCCUGUCCUGCAGCCGCUUCCCUUGGGCACCCCCAAGGAGUAUGACACCGCAGCGCCUUGUCCGGCGCCCACUAAGCAGCCGUCGACGCAGCGUCAGGAGACGCUGCCUCUCUUCGUGGGUCCCGACGCCCCGUCGCGUCCAGUACCAGAAGCUGCGCCCGUGGUCCCAGGCGUGCACCCUGACCUCGGUUUUCAGUCGGUGUUUCCCGAGGCCCCGCGCAGCCAAUGCUGGGGUGCGGACCGGGGACUGCCGCCGACAACAGUCUCCGCCCCGGUCUCUUCUGCUACGCCUGCGGCCAGACCCUUCCCCCGCCGUCGACGCUCGCCACGUCAUUAUUCAACGACGGUGCGGCGAUUUGGGGGGGAGGAGUGUUAUAUCCUACGCCAGAGUGACAGCAGCGGCUGCCGGAGGGCAGCUUGCCUGCGCUGCUCGCUCCACCCUGCCGCCACGAGGCUUCACCUCAGUCUCCACCGCUCCUCUGGUGAGGCCAUAAGUCUGCCAGGCUUGAAGGGCGCGGCGCGCCACCACCCACCCUGA